UUUGAUUCGAAGUCGUGUCACAGUCGUGCUACUCGACUGGAUCAGUCGGGCCAAUUGAUUUGGGUCGACCAAAAAGAUCGAAUCAAACGUUGUGCCACUCAUGUGCUUAAUUCAUGUAUUUGGUUCGCCACAUAACAGGCUCGACGUUUGAUCUAGGCCUAACCUGCAACCUGAAUGAAAAUUGCUGUAGCCAUCUGUCGCCAGUACUCCACAGACGAAAUUGUACCCGCAAAAUAAUUGGUUUGGUCAGGGCUUAAUUUGUGCAAGCGAUCUUGGUAAAUUGAUAUCAAACGAAUAGGCUAGCCAGCAUUAGAGCAGCAGAUAUCAAGAUGGUUGAAGGAGAUCAGAAACCCAAAGAAGCUGUGAACGUGGACGAGUUUCUGCAACAUGUUGGCGAGUUUGGAAGGAUGCAAGUUUAUCUUCAGAUAAUGUUUUUCUUGCUUAUUAUUCCGUCUACGUACCAGAAAUUCAUCGGGACAUUCGUGGGUAGCAAUCCACCAUGGCAGUGCACUGGCAUACACAGAGAGUGCAAUACAACUGGUGUCAUUUACGAAAUAGGAGACCCGAUGUACAACAAAAGAUGUGAUCUACAGAAUCGAAGUUCGUGGGAGUUUACUAAGCCUAAAAAGUAUUCGAUUGUAACUGAGUGGGAUCUGAUUUGCGACAAGAAGGAGCUGUCAUAUUUAGCUAAUUCUGCCGUUUAUAUCGGCAUGGCUGUCGGUGCGUUUGUUCUCAUGGCCCUAUCUGACAGGUUUGGAAGGAAAAAGGUGCUGUUUCCAUCUGUAGCAGGAAUUCUCGUUUCUGGAUUUAUUAGUGCCUUUGUUCAACAUUUUUGGCUAUUUUUCGCUCUGCGACUUGUUAUAGGCAUUUUCUUGGCAGGAAUUAGCCUCUCGAUUUUCAUAGUGGCCACAGAGCUGGUUGGCCCGAACUACAGAGCCUUGUCCGGUUCGCUGAUUUGGUUCUCAUUUACAUUCACUUUGUGCUUGAUUGGUUUGCAAGCGUGGCUUCUCCCCGAUUGGCGACUUCUAGAAAUGAUCAUAUCUGCACCGUACAUUUUUGUACUUGGAUUUUGGUGGUGUAUACCAGAAUCAGUUCGUUGGCUAAGAGUAAACAACAAACUGGACGAGGCGGAAAGUGUUUUGCAGAAAGUUGCAAAAGUUAACAAAAGACCAAAGCCAAGUGUGAAAUUAUCAGAAACCGAGGAAACCACCGAAUCAGGGACGUAUGCAGACUUAUUUCGCCCGUGGAAAGUUUGCAAGUCUUCCUUGAUACAAUCCUACGCAUGGUUUGUCAAUGGUAUGGUUUAUUAUGGAAUUUCGAUGGCAUCAGAUAAUCUUGGUGGAAAUAUGUACAGGGAUUUCGUGCUUACAAGUUUGGUUGAAAUCCCAGCAAACAUUCUUGUCAUUAUAUUAGGCAACAGAUAUGGGAGAAAGCCAACAACGAUAUGGGCAAUGAUAUUUGGUGCUUUAUCCUGUGGCAGCGUUGCGUUCAUACCCAGUGAUACAAAUAUGCCAGGCUACAACUGGUCAAGAGUGGCGCUAGGAAUGAUGGGAAAACUGUGCAUUACAUUAUCAUUCAAUGAGCUUUACUUGUGGUCCGUCGAACUUCACCCAACAGUUGUAAGGUCACAAGGCAUGGGAGUAUUGCAGAUCACAAGCCGACUGGGGGCUGCUUCUGCUCCAUGGGUUGCUCAGUGGUUGCGACAUUUUCACACUUCGCUACCCUUUAUUUUGAUGGGAGGCUUAACUGCCACCGCAGCAUUCCUGUGCUUUAUUUUGAAGGAAACGAAGGGUAUGCAGACAGCCGAGGUUUUGGAAAAAACUAACACAACACAAGGAAAAGAAAUCAUUGAGAUGGAUCAAGUCAAUCAUUUGGAAACAACGGCGCUGAAAACUGACGCAUAAUCGCCUGUUUGCGACUUUUUUAGGUUAUUAAUCCCUAUAUUAUGAGGGCAGUUGUAAUUGCUUAUGCAAGGUGUGAACCAUUCUUUGUUUCAUUUUUAUAAAAAGGCAAUAUUUUCUGGUUUACCAUAUAUAUUAAAAUAAAGUCUUUUACAGACAUUCGUUCUGCAAUGCUUGUUGAUUUAUUUAGGACACCUACAAACUUGA